UUGUAUGGUCCUUUGAACACACAAACCGACCUAUAAAUCCUUUCAUUUGCUGGGAGAGUUUCACUUUUAACUUUUCACCAACGUCUGGAUUCUGACACAGUCUUUCUAAUCAAGUUGCUGUGGAUGUGGUCCAUAAUGGGGGUGCCCGGGGGUUUGUUGUGGCUCCUCAUUCUGAGUUUUUCAGAAGGCGUUUCAGUUCAACCAGAACCCAACAGCACAGCAGUUGAGGGGCAGGUCCAUCUGGCCAAUGGAGGAAACAGCUCCUGUUCUGGCAGAGUAGCGAUCUUCCUUCGUGGACAGUGGGGGACAGUUUGUGACGAUUCCUGGGACCUGGUUGAUGCUCAGGUGGUGUGUAGACAGCUGGGCUGUGGCAGGGCCAUGUCAGCACCACAAAGUGCACGCUUUGGACAGGGCAGUGGGCCCAUCUGGUUGGAUAAUGUCAAUUGCACAGGCAGCGAAUUAAAGCUCAGCGAGUGCAGCCACAGGGGGGUUGGAUCCCACGACUGUAAUCACAAUGAGGAUGCUGGUGUGGUCUGCGAAGAACCCAACAGCACAGCCGUUGAGGGGCCGGUCCAUCUGGCCAAUGGAGGAAACAGCUCCUGUUCUGGCAGAGUAGAGAUCUUCCUACGUGGACAGUGGGGGACGGUUUGUGACGAUUCCUGGGACCUGGUUGAUGCUCAGGUGGUGUGUAGACAGCUGGGCUGUGGCAGGGCCAUGUCAGCACCACAAAGUGCACGCUUUGGACAGGGCAGUGGGCCCAUCUGGUUGGAUAAUGUCAAUUGCACAGGCAGCGAAUCAAAGCUCAGCGAGUGCAGCCACAGGGGGGUUGGAUUGCACGACUGUAAUCACAAUGAGGAUGCUGGUGUGGUCUGCGAAGGUAAAUACAAAUGUGUACAACUAAAGGCAAUGAAGUCUCACUGUGUAACAUGCUGUCUAUGGUGUACCAUUUAGCAGAUGAGAGGAUUUUAGUA